AUGGUGUCCUACUUAGACGAUGUCGGUCACAUGACAGACGAAGGCUUAGAAAGGAUUCAAGGUCGCAUGGCGGUGCGCCGAGGACCUGUUCACACAAAUAUAAAACCGCAGCUCCAAGGCAGCCCCCCCCAGCCUCCGGUGAAACCAACUUACGAAUCCCUUCCGCUCGCCUCUUCAAACGAAAUGAACUACACUCCAACAUUAAUUCCAGUCACUUAA